AUAUCUAUUCUAUAAUUAUACUCGUACUUAAACAAUAUAAAAAUAUAUUAAAAACUUUCUGUGUACAAGAUUUUACCCACGUGAAAUUUAUAGCCUAUUUUAUUCUGAUGUAUAAGCUAUAUUAUUGUAAAGUUUCAUUAGAAUCCAUUUAGUAGUUUUUGCGUUAAACAAUAACAAACAUCCAUCCAUCUACACUCCCAAACUUCCGCGUUUAUAAUUUUGACUGCCAUUUCAGUAAAAUGUUGGGAUAUUCUAAUGCCGGCAUACCAGAUAAAUCGUGGCAACCACAGGUCGCCGUCAUUGAAACAACAAUGGGCACAAUGAUUGUAGAAAUGUACUGGAAACAUUCUCCAUUCACAUGCCGUAAUUUUAUGGAACUUGUUAGAAGGGGUUACUACAACAACACAAAAUUUCAUAGAGUUAUAAGAGACUUCAUGAUCCAAGGUGGAGAUCCAACAGGUACCGGAAAAGGUGGUCAGUCAAUUUAUGGGCCACAGUUUGAUGAUGAAAUUACAGCAGAUCUAAAACACACCGGUGCAGGCAUACUUUCUAUGGCGAAUGCUGGUCCCCAUACAAAUGGAUCUCAAUUCUUUAUUACAUUAGCACCUACUCAAUGGCUGGAUGGAAAACAUACAAUAUUUGGACGAGUACAAAGUGGAAUGAGUGUCGUUAAAAGGAUAGGCUUGUUAGAAUGUGAUAAAAAUGAUUGUCCUGUUGAUGAUAUAAGAAUUGAAAGAGCCUACAUACCUAAAUAGAAAUAUAAUAAAUAAAAUCUUUAAU